UUUUUUGUAUGUGUGUUUUUGUGUUUCUUUCAGGACAUGAAUGAACCCGCCAGCUUCGUCCAUGGGGCGGUUUGGGGCUGCAGAGAUCAAGAGCUCAAUAAUCCCCCAUACAUGCCCCAAUUGGGGUGGAGGGAGCAGGGCUUGGCCUACAAAACCAUCUGCAUGGAGGGCGUCCAGAUCCUGGCCGACGGCACCGAGCUGCGCCACUACGACGUCCACAACCUCUACGGUUGGGCCCAGACCAAACCCACACUGGAUGCACUGCGGAGCAUCACGAAGGAGCGGGGCAUCGUCAUCACGCGUUCCACCUACCCCAGCAGCGGGCAGUGGGCAGGGCAUUGGCUGGGGGACAACACGGCGGCGUGGGACCAGAUGACCAAAUCCAUCAUUGGUAUGAUGGAGUUCAGCCUCUUUGGGGUGUCCUACACCGGAGCCGACAUCUGCGGGUUCUUCUCAGAUUCGGAAUACGAGCUGUGCGCCCGCUGGAUGCAGCUGGGAGCUUUCUACCCAUUUUCAAGGAACCACAACGGGAAAGGCGCCAAGGUGACCGUGCCCAAAAAUCGCCCACCUCCCAUGGCUCCAUUCCUCCCCUCCUCCCCUGUAAAAUCCUCCUUUUUAGCUCCGCCCACAAAACCCGAAUUGGGCAGCAAUUCAGGAACCUCUCAUUUUCUAUU